CGCCCCUUUUACUCCUGGCGGCAGGGCGAGCCGGGCGUCUGCUGCAGCGGCCGCGGUGGCGGAGGAGGCCGGAGAGGACUUGGCGGCGGCGGCGGUGGCGGGACCGGCAACAGCAGCAGCAGCAGCAGCUACAGCUACACACUCUGUGUGCCGCAGCGCUGCCACACCAGCCCCUCGAGCCGCCCACCCUGCCGCCCGCCGCGCUGCCUGACCCUGCCGGCGUGUCCGUCAGCCGCCAGCCCCGGCAGCGCCCCCAGUCGUCCUCCGACUCGCCCUCGGCCUUCCGCGCCAGCCGCAGCCGCAACCGCAACGCCACCCGCAGCCUUAGCCCCGGCCUUAGGCACAGCCGCCGGCGCAGCCCUAGCCCCUACUGCAGUAGCUCCUCCAGACACAGCCUCUGCGCCGACACCCUGGAGGUGGGGAUGCUCUUGUCCAAAAUCAACUCGCUUGCCCACCUGUGCGCCGCGCCCUGCAGCGACCUGCACGCCAGCAAGCUGGCGCCGGGCAAGGAGAAGGAACCCCUGGAGUCGCAGUACCAGGUGGGCCCGCUCCUGGGCAGCGGCGGCUUCGGCUCGGUGUACUCAGGCAUCCGUGUCGCCGACAACUUGCCGGUGGCCAUCAAGCACGUGGAGAAGGACCGGAUUUCCGACUGGGGAGAGCUGCCUAAUGGCACCCGAGUGCCCAUGGAAGUGGUUCUGCUGAAGAAGGUGAGCUCAGGCUUCUCCGGCGUCAUUAGGCUCCUGGACUGGUUCGAGAGGCCCGACAGUUUCGUCCUGAUCCUGGAGAGGCCGGAGCCGGUGCAAGACCUCUUCGACUUUAUCACGGAAAGGGGGGCCCUGCAGGAGGAGCUGGCCCGCAGCUUCUUCUGGCAGGUGCUGGAGGCGGUGCGACACUGCCACGACUGCGGGGUGCUUCACCGCGACAUCAAGGACGAGAACAUCCUUAUCGACCUCAAUCGCGGCGAGCUCAAGCUCAUCGACUUCGGGUCGGGGGCGCUGCUCAAGGACACCGUCUACACGGACUUCGAUGGGACCCGAGUGUAUAGUCCUCCAGAGUGGAUCCGCUACCAUCGCUACCACGGCAGGUCGGCAGCCGUCUGGUCUCUUGGGAUCCUGCUGUAUGACAUGGUCUGUGGAGAUAUUCCCUUUGAGCACGAUGAGGAGAUCGUCAGGGGCCAAGUUUUCUUCAGGCAGCGGGUCUCCUCAGAGUGUCAACAUCUCAUUAGAUGGUGCUUGGCCUUGAGACCAUCAGAUCGGCCAACCUUUGAAGAAAUCCAGAACCAUCCGUGGAUGCAAGAUGUCCUCCUGCCCCAGGAAACUGCUGAGAUCCAUCUCCACAGCCUGUCGCCAGGGCCCAGCAAAUAGCUUCUCCCACAGGUUCUUCCCUCCCUGUCAGAUGCUCAAGGGAGGGGAAGUGUCUUGUCUCCAGCUUCCCGAGUACCAGUGACACUUAUCUCCAAGCAGGACAGUGCUUGAUACAGGAACUCAUUUACAACUCAUUCCAGACCCGAGGCUCCUGGAGGCUGCCUCCCAAACAGGAGGAAGAGACUCCACUCCAGGCGUCCUAGGCCCCCACUCCUCCCGUAGAAGCUCUCCUUCUCACCGGUGUCCAGCAUUGCUGGACUCUGCAAAAUCCCAGGGGUGGGCGGCGGUGGGGCGGGGGUGGGGCGCGGUGGGAGUAGGUCAGGAUCCUGCCAUGGAACUGUUCCCUUCAUCAAGAGUUCUGCUGAAUGCCGUGACGGGUCGGGCGGGGUGGGGGGAAUGCGGGUUGGGGUGGGUUAGGACUAGCACCAUUUUAAGUCCCUGUCACCUCUUCCGACUUUCUGAGUGCCUUCUGUGGGGACUCCGGCUGUGCUGGGAGAAAUACUUGAACUUGCCUCUUUUACCUGCUGCUUUUCCAAAAAUCUGCCUGGGUUUGGUUCCCUCUCUUUCUCCCUUCCCCUUACCCCCCAUCCUUCAUAUGAAAGGUGCCAUGGAAGAGGCUACAGGGCCAAACGCUGAGCCACCUGCCCUUUUUCCACCUUUAGUAAAACUCCCAAGUGAACUGGUCUUCCUUUUUGGUUUUUACUUAACUGUUUCUAAGCCAAGACCUCACACAUACACACACACAUACACAAACACACACACACAAACACAAACAAAUGCACAAACAAUGCAAAUCAACAGAAAAACUGUAAAUGUAUGUACAGUUGGCAUGGUAGUGUAUAAAAGGAUUGUAGUUGAUCUAAUUCUUUUUUAAUUUUGCCUUUUAAGUUAUUUUACCUAUUUUGUUUUGGGUUUUUUUUUCCUUGGAAAGAUGAUGUGCGUUCUAACCUGGAGGUCAAUGUUAUGUAUUUAUUUAUUUAUUUAUUUGGUUCCCUUCCUGCUCCAAGCUUCCACGGCUGCCGCCAUAGUCUUUUCUCUCCUUUCCUCCUCUGACUUGGGGACCUUCUGGGGAGGGCUGCAAUGCUUGCUCUGUUGGUUUGUAGGGUGACGGGACUCAGGCGGGACAGCCGCCGCAGCUCCCUGACUGCUGCGGGGGCCCCCUCGCCGGCUUACCCAAGUGGGCGUGGGGUCCGGGGGUGAUGGGGGAGGGGUGUUGCUGACUUGUGUAUAUAGGAUAGAUAUAUGAAAAGCAGUUCUGGAUGGUGUGCCUUCCGGAUCCUCUCUGGGGCUGUGUUCUGAGCAGCAUGUAGCCUGCUGGUUUUAUCUGAGUGAAAUACUGUACAGGGGAAUAAAAGAGAUCUUAUUUUUUUUUUUUAUACUUGGCGUUUUUUGAAUAAAAUACUUUUUGUCUUAA